ACAAAACGAAACAAUUGGAUUUCUAUAAACUCUCAAAAAUCGUCUUCGUCUUCAGAUCCCUACCAGCUGCUGAACGCCGCGACAAGCCGAUUGGUGGCGCAGGGCUCCGGACAGAUCCAACUGUGGCAGUUCCUGCUCGAGCUGCUGAACGAUUCGUCGAACGCGGCGUGUAUCACGUGGGAGGGCACCAAUGGGGAGUUCAAGCUCACCGACCCUGACGAGGUCGCGAGACGCUGGGGCGAGCGGAAGUCUAAGCCCAACAUGAACUAUGACAAGCUCAGCCGAGCACUCAGGUACUACUACGAUAAGAACAUCAUGUCAAAAGUCCACGGCAAACGGUACGCGUACAAAUUCGACUUCCACGGCCUCAUGGCGGCCUGUCAAGCGCAAGCGCAGGGUCAAGGCGACUUGAUGCCCUCUUACCACAAGUACCAACCUCACCAGAGCGAACUGGGUGCGGCGCUCUAUCCUGCGACGCACUCCGGUAAUCCUAGGCUGCCCAGCAUAUUGCCCGGAUCAACGCAGCACACUCAGUCGGGGCUAUUUCCGCCGCCAGGCUAUUGGUCUUACUCUCCGGGGACGUUCGAUCCUAGAGGACCUCCUUUCAACUGACGCGUAUAUUAUGUGUCGUAGUGAUUUAAAUCGAAAAUGGAAUUUGGUUGAAGAUCGACUGAAAAUUAUAUAAAUUUCUUUCAA